UGGGAGUGUUAUUUCAUACAAAUAUGGUUUGUAUAUGAAGUGAUUGACAGAUUGCCGAUAAAUGAAUCUUUGCGCGUAUUUAUAAAAAGAGACAGUUUCCGUAAGUCAUUCACUUUUAAACAACUCUUAUUUAACGAAACAUUGGAACCGGUUAGGAAAUAGCAUGAAAAGAUUGGCAGAAUUUUUCACCGUUUAUUUAGGCUUGUUGUCUAGUUUAAGUUUACUAAAUGCCCAAAGUCAAGACGAUCAAAAUACAGAAGAUGACCAAAUUGAAGAGGAAAAGCGUUACAUUGAUCGUAUUGGUAGUGGACUAAUUAAAAGAUAUAACGACGGUGAUACUGUCGGUGAAGUCUAUCCAAAUUUUUUAGAAUAUUUACCAGACAAUGACGAAAAACGCCUCGAUAAAGUUGGAUCAGGGUUAAUACGAAAAAGACCACUUGAUAGAAUAGGAAUGGGUUUGAUACGGAAACGACCAUUUGAUAAGGUUGGAAUGGGUUUGGUAAAGCGACCAUUCGACAAAGUUGGAAUGGGAUUAGUUAAAAGGCCUUUCGACAAAGUUGGAAUGGGAUUAGUGAAACGACCGUUCGAUAGAGUAGGAAUGGGAUUAGUAAAGCGACCAUUCGACAAAGUUGGAAUGGGAUUAGUGAAACGACCGUUCGACAGAGUAGGAAUGGGAUUAGUUAAACGACCAUUCGACAGAGUAGGAAUGGGAUUAGUGAAGCGACCGUUCGACAGAGUUGGAAUGGGAUUAGUAAAACGGCCAUUCGACAGAGUAGGAAUGGGAUUAGUGAAGCGACCGUUUGACAGAGUUGGAAUGGGAUUAGUGAAACGACCGUUCGACAGAGUAGGAAUGGGAUUAGUGAAACGACCAUUCGACAGAGUUGGAAUGGGUUUAGUAAAGCGACCAUUCGACAGAGUUGGAAUGGGAUUAGUAAAGCGACCAUUCGAUAGAGUUGGAAUGGGAUUGGUAAAGAGACCGUUUGAUAAAGUUGGAAUGGGAUUAGUGAAAAGACCUUUUGAUAAAGUUGGAAUGGGACUAGUAAAGAAGCCUUUUGAUAAAGUAGGAAUGGGUCUGGUCAAGAAGCCAUUUGAUAAAGUAGGCAUGGGCCUCGUGAAACGUCCUUUCGAUAGAGUUGGCAUGGGACUUGUGAAACGACCUUUAGAUAGAGUGGGACUUGGGUUAAUCAAAAGACAAUGUAGCCUUGAUCCAGUUUGCAUGAGUAAUACCAGGACAACAAGAAGGAGCAUGUCAAAACGAUCAAGUUCUUCAUAGCCAUAUAGUUGUUAAAACGUUUUACAUCAGCAACGAAAAACAAAAUGACUUAACCAAGUGGUAUCUCAAGCAAGGAUUGUGUGGAUUCUGGAUAAAGUAUCUAAAUAUUGAAAUUCACAAUAGUAAGAGUGUCCUCUUUUUUUUUGUCUGCUCAGUUUAUUGAAAUUCUUUAUAUAUAUAAUUAUGCAAAGUGAAAAUUACAGAGCAAUUUGAUUAAGCAUUCAUACAACAAACCGAUAAUUAGUAUUAUCUUGUGUAGCGUUUGUAGUAAAUGCGUUUUAAUUUAUUUCCAGCAUUUUGUAAAUAUUCUGAUAUGAUACUAGAGUUUAUAAUCGGUCAGAUACAAAAAAUCAACAUUCAGUAAUCCUGAAAUUCAAAAAUCGGACAAUGUAAUCUUCGAUUAAUAACCUUUCUUAAUAUUCAACUCUACACCUUUCAUUUUCUUCCCAUUAUUGACCUAAAAGUAUCUCUGUUUAUAUUUGUUUAUUGACUUAAUGUUACUUUACUGAUUUGAUUGAUGAUUAAAACGCAAAGUAAACGAGACAAGUUUUGACCUCUAAAACUGUCUUAAUAAACGAAAUCUACACAAUUUCUUUUUACAAUCAUUUCAGACAAUAUUUCACCGUAACGUAACAGAAAUGUGUCAGUCAGUAAAAAAUGCAUCCUUCGUCAAGAUUAUCCGUGCGUUUUUCUAAAGAGCAAAGUUUAUUUUGUCUGUCUUUGUUUAUUUUGUCUUAAACAAGUUAUCGCCGCAAGUGUAUAGGUUUUGAACUUGUUAUAUCUUGUGCUUAUUUAUUUAUUAUUUUUUCUUCAUUUGUACAGAACAUUGUUUGUUAUACUUAGGGCGCUGUAGCAUCAAAUCAAAAAGUGCCGAAAUAGAAUUAAUUAGUUUUAAAUAAAAAUGUCACUAAA